AUGUCUCUAGGUGUUUUGUCAGAAUGGCAGAAGCUGCCUUUGAGCUUGAGUGAGCUUUGCAUCAAUACUACGCUCAGAUGCGGCCAGUCUUUUAGAUGGCGGAACUUUCCAGAGAGUCAGGAAUGGCGAUGCGUUCUCUAUGGCCAUCUUCUGUCGCUGAAGCAAGACUCAAACUUCUUGUACUAUAGAUCUGUGCAACCUCCUUCCCAUGCAUUCACCGACAAUGAUCAUCUCAUCCGCAUUAUCAAACAUUACUUCAACCUAACGCCAAAUUUGACUGAACUCUACUCUCAAUGGUCAUCACAAGACCCCAAUUUCAAGAAGAAGGCUGCGCAAUUCACCGGGAUCAGGAUCCUUCGACAAGAUGCGUGGGAAGCAUUGGUAUCAUUUAUCUGCAGCAGCAACAAUAAUAUUGCACGGAUCUCACAAAUGGUGGAGAAGUUAUGCAUACAUUAUGGAAAGCCCGUGGCCACAAUUGAAGGGCGUGCAUAUCAUGAUUUUCCUCCCCCAGGCGCAUUGACUGGCAAGGAUGUGGAAAGCAAUCUGCGCAAUUUAGGAUUUGGAUACCGGGCUAAAUACAUAUACCAAACUGCGGUUAUGGUAUCCAACCGAGAGCAGGGCUGGCUAGAUAGCUUGAGCAACCCCGAGUGUCCAGCAUUUGGCGUGGAUCCUAAACCAAGCGGCGAAAUGAAACCAGAAGGGCGAGAGGGAUAUCGUGAAGCUCAUGAAAAGCUUCUUGAGCUACAGGGAGUUGGGCCAAAAGUGUCAGACUGUGUCAGUUUGAUGGGAUUAGGCUGGGGAGAGUCCGUGCCGGUUGAUACUCAUGUGUGGCAAAUCGCACAGCGAGAUUACCGUUUUGGAAAAAGCUCCAAUAAGAACUUGAACAAGACGACUUAUGAUGCUGUUGCCAAUCAUUUCCGCAAGCUUUGGGGUAAGGAAGCUGGAUGGGCCCAUAGUGUGCUUUUCACUGCGGACCUGCGGACCUUUGCAGACAAACUUGCUGCAACUAAGAAAGUUGAGGUGAAGGUGAAAGACGAAGAGUCUGAUGUCAAGGUUGAGACAAAAGUGACAACUGCUCUCUCUUUGAAAGUUUUUAAGGAGGAAAACGUCGAUGUGAAAGUCAAGGUCGAAGACAUAGAUGAUGCCAAGAAGCCCAGGGACAAGAAGAGAAAGGAGACUGAGAACAUUAUUCCUGUUGUUCAAACAACAGAGACACGGAGAAUAUUUCCUCCGCCGGACACAUCACCAAUCCAAAAUGGGUCGUCUUCACAGCAAGGGCAAGGGCAUUGCCUCCUCCGCCAUCCCCUACUCCCGCACCCCCCGGCGUGGCUCAAGACCACCCCCGACCAGGUUGUCGACCACAUUUGCAAGCUGGCCAAGAAGGGUGCCACCCCUUCCCAGAUCGGUGUUGUCCUCCGUGACUCCCACGGCAUUGCCCAGGUCAAGAUUGUUACUGGUAACAAGAUCCUCCGUAUCUUGAAGUCCAGCGGCCUCGCUCCCGAACUCCCCGAGGACCUUUACUUCCUGAUCAAGAAGGCCGUUGCUGUCCGCAAGCACCUUGACCGUAACCGCAAGGACAAGGACUCCAAGUUCCGCCUGAUUCUGAUCGAGUCCCGCAUCCACCGUCUGUCUCGUUACUACAAGACCGUCGGUGUCCUGCCCCCCACCUGGCGCUACGAGAGCGCCACUGCCUCCACCCUUGUCGCAUAA